GUCAUGUGACAUCAUCUUGUCCAACACUUCCGCUACUGCGUGUAAAAAGAAAAGUUCAGUGAAAUCCGAUAAGUUUAUCUCUGCGGGAACCUUUAAAGCUGCGAAUACACGCUCGCGUUUAUGAACACCGUGUAGCUCAAAAGCGGAAAAGCUAUUAUUUAUCGAGAAUGUCGACGGGGCCUUUGUACAAUGACCAGGGAGGAGCGGAGACUGCGGUGGAAGCGGGGCAGGAGAGCACCCCGACCUCCUCCGGCGCCGGAGCUGCCUUCGGACUCUUCAGCACCGACUUCAAAAAGAAUGAAGACCUUAAAGAGAUGUUGGAGAGCAACAAGGAGUCGCUCAAACUGGAGGCCAUGAAGAGGAUUGUUGGUCUCAUCGCCAAAGGGAAAAAUGCAUCGGAGCUGUUUCCGGCUGUUGUGAAGAACGUCGCGAACAAGAACAUAGAGCUUAAGAAACUCGUAUACGUCUACCUGGUGAGGUAUGCAGAGGAGCAGCAGGACCUGGCUUUGCUGUCCAUCAGCACCUUCCAGCGGGCCCUGAAGGACCCAAACCAGUUCAUCCGGGCCAGUGCGCUGAGGGUUUUGUCCAGUAUCCGUGUCCCCAUAAUUGUUCCCAUCAUGAUGGUGGCCAUCAAGGAAGCUGCAGCUGACCUUUCCCCGUAUGUCAGGAAGACCUCAGCCCAUGCUAUCCAGAAGCUCUAUAGCCUGGAUCCAGACCAGAAGGAGCAGUUGAUUGAAGUGAUCGAGAAACUGUUGAAAGAUAAAAGCACACUGGUGGCUGGCAGUGUGGUGAUGGCCUUCGAAGACGUUUGUCCCGAUCGCAUAGACCUGAUCCAUAAGAACUACAGGAAGCUUUGUAACCUGCUGGUGGAUGUGGAAGAGUGGGGCCAGGUGGUCAUCAUCUCUAUGCUGACCCGCUACGCCAGAACCCAGUUCGUCAGUCCCUGGAAGGAGGGCGCCAUGUUCGAUGAGAACAAUGACAAGGCUUUCUACGAGUCUGACUCUGAGGAGAAAAAAGACCCGACGGAGGACAAACCUUACAUCAUGGAUCCAUAG